AGAUGUCAGGGUUUACUAUUAUGGACAAAAGGCAUCAAUCAUGUCAGACAAACCCCGAGGACAAGCAAUGCAGGACAAUAAGACACGUUGUGAUUUGUGCAAUAGAAAUUGCAGAACAAUCCUGUCUCUUAAGAGGCAUAAACAAACAUUCAAACACCUUAAGUGUGAUAUAUGUACAAGCAGUUUCAUUGAGGAAAUUGACCUGAUGGGUCAUUUAAUAACUGCACAUAAGAUCAAAGUUCAAUGUGGUUUUUGCAACCAGAAAUUGAAAUCUGUGUUGAAAAUGAGGAAUCAUUUAAAGAAGGCCCUGCACUUCAAAUGUACACUUUGCCCAAAGAGGUUUGAAACAAACAAUCUGCUGACCAAACAUUCUAUGAGGCAUACUCUAAAACCAUUUACAUGUAAUCAGUGCUCAAAACUCUUUACUAGUGAAGAAGAUUUGAAUACCCAUUUUAAUUCUGCCCAUAGAUGUGAGAAGUGCCUCGAGGUGUUUACUUCUAGACAAGACUUGAGAACUCAUGUCCUGUCUAGCCAUGGAUUGUAUACAUGCAGAUAUUGCUCAAAAUGUUUUACUUCUAAAACUGAUUUUAACACUCACCUGCGUUAUUUUCAUGAUGAUGCACUGUUAAAGUGUGUUUAUUGCGGGAAAUGUUUUAAAAGCAAAGGCGACUUAAACAUUCACUUGAGAAUCCAUACUGGAGAAAAGCCAUAUCAAUGUGAUGCAUGUUCAAAAAGAUUUACUAGUAGUACAGGUUUGCUUUAUCACAAAAAGCGAGUUCAUUUGGUUAAGACAUUCAUAUGUGUUGAUUGCAACAGAGUGUAUGGAACCAAAUCUGAACUCAACAGUCACAGAAGAAUACACACAGGUGAAAAACUUUUUCAUUGCCAAUAUUGUCCAAAAUACUUCCUACAUUCACACCAUUUGGAAAAUCAUAUUCGGGUUCACACAAGAGAAAGACCCUUCAUGUGUGAAUAUUGUUCAAAGUGUUUCAGCCAAGAGUACGGUUUAAUAAUUCAUCGAAGAAAAGUACAUUUUGGAGAGAAACCAUAUAAAUGUGAAGAGUGUUUGAAACAGUUUGCUCAAAAAAGUGUCCUUAAGAACCAUAUAAGAUUACACACUAAGGAAUUUCAGUGUGAACUUUGUUCAAAAUGUUUUAAAAAUGAAAGUAGUUUGGUAGUUCAUAGACGGCUGCACACUGGAGAGAAACCUUACAAAUGUGAACAUUGUUCAAAAUGUUUUACAUGUACAAAAAACUUAUAUAUUCAUAAAAGAAUACACAGUGAUGAAAAACCAUUCAAAUGUGCACAUUGCCCUUCACAAUUUAGACUUAAAACUUCAUUAAGAAAACACUUAGCAAUCCACACAGGAAAAUAUAAGUGCAAAACAUGUUUGAAGUGUUUUGAAAUAAAAAGGGAACUUUUACUCCACACAAAAACUCAUAUUGAGGAUAACCAGUUUAAGUGUUCACAUUGUUCAAGGCAUUUUACUGAGGAAUCCUCAUUGAUUAAGCAUAGGAAAUUACACACAGAGGAUAACACAUAUAAAUGUGAACAUUGCUACAAGGAAUUCAAAUGUAUGAGUUCACUGAGCAAACAUUUGAAAUGCCAUCAGAGAGCAAGGAUAUUUAGAUGUGAACAUUGCCAUAAAUGCUUUUCUUCAAAAAAGUAUUAUUUAGCGCAUAAAUGUAUCCACACCAGAGAGAGACCCAAUACUCAUAAUGUUGGGAAGAAAAAAUUCAUGUGUGAACAUUGCUCUAAAGUGUUUUUUCAGCGAAGACAUUUCAUGAAUCAUAUACGUAUUCAUACUGGUGAGAAGCCUUUUCAGUGUGAAUUUUGUUCACAAUUCUUUAGACAGUUGAUUACAUUGAUGGUUCAUAGAAGGAUUCAUACUGGAGAGAAACCAUUCAAAUGUGAACUUUGUCCAAAGUCCUUCAGAGAAAGGGCACAGUUGAGAAAUCACAGGAGGAUUCACACUGGAGAAAAACCAUUUAAAUGUGAAUUCUGCUCAAAAUGCUUCAGAGUUAAGGCAUCAUUGAGAAUACACAGAAAAACACAUACUGGUGAAAAAUUAGCUGUGAGCACUGUCACAAGUACUUUAAUCAAAAAACCACCUUGAUAAAUCAUAUGAAUCUCUGGCUAUGAUUAGAAUAUUAUUAUUUCAAUUUGGAUGAAAGCCCAAGACACAAUGAAUUGAUGGUGAAUUUGAUGGUAGUUUAUUUCAGAUAAAAAGAAGAUCUUGUUAUAUUACUACAUUAUAAUUUAUAAUACUAUAGCUUUUUGAUAUGAAAUCAAUGUUUUGCCAUGUUAUAGCAUUCCUUUAUAAACCAUGCAUCUGUUGUAAAAUAUAGAAUACACAAGGAGAUACGCUGAUUACUCAAGUAGUUUAAAAUAAGUACUAAAUUAGCACUUUGGCAAAAGUGCACUCAUGUCACUAGUGCUAAUUUAGUACUAAUUCAUGAUAUGAGUACUCAUUUAGUGCUGAAAAAUCAAUUUUAUUAAUACUGCCUUUUCAUCACUCAUGAUAUGAGUACUCAUUUAGCGCUAAAAUAUCAAUGAAAUUACUGCUAUUUUAUCACUCAUCGUAUGAGUACUGAAUUAGUACUAAAACAUGCAAUAAAUCAGUACUAAUGUCAUAUGUGCUCAUUUAGUACUAAUAUUUACUGAAAUGAGUACUCAGUUAGCGAUAAAAUGCCAUGAGUAGUAUUUCAGUACUCGGCAUAUCUCCCUGUGUAGCUAUACUACACAGGGGCGUAGCCAGCUUUCAGUCAGGAGGGGGUGCGAUUGCCAAAAAAA